GAGUCAAAUAGCGCCAGUUUUAUUAAAGUUUGCGAUCGUUUUUUUAACCAUUCACGGCAUGACUUGUGGUUGGAUUUACGUGGCUUGUCAACAUGAAAAGUUUCCCCUACGCGUAGAGAAACUUCCUCGAUACAUAAAGGCAACCAUAGAUUAUGAUGAAUGGGUAAAUCCACAGGAUAGAAAAGGAGGUUGCCCUCGUCUUACGAAGAACUUCCUUGUCGAUGGCAAACUGAAAUUUGGUUUAAUUGUACCCAAAAGUUGGAUGGAUGACUAUAUUGUUGCUAUAACAUAUAUUCUUGUGAUUUAUUCACAUACGGAAAUCGAUCUUGUGGUACCUUUAACACUGAAUGAAACAUAUUACAAAAUCUUUUUAUACUUUAUAAUUCACCCGAUGGAGAUUUGGAUACUGAGUUGUGCCAUAAGCGCUGUGUUUACGAAAUUACGUGAACUGUACACCUAUGAUUAUGACGUGCAAAGUUUAAUAUUAUAUCUGGAACAUAGCGGAUUAUGUCCAGUACUACUUGACUCCGUGAAGAAGUAUACCAAGCAGUUAUGGCAAAGACAGAGAGGUAAUUGGCUGCCGGAAUUAGCGCAUCAGGCGCCGCAAUGCCUUCGAGAAGACCUGUUAAGCGCCCUCUACAUGCAUCACCUCGAAGCUCCGCCCCUUUUCCGUGACCUCCCUGAAUAUUUUCGACGGCAACUCGUAACAAAGCUACAGAGAGUGGUUAUAUUUCCUGGAAAAUUCAUUGUUAAGGAAGGUGAUAUAUUUGCCUGCAUGUACUUUAUCCACGAGGGAGAGGUUGAGAAAUGGUACACCGAUAAGAGUGGUGAAAAGAAAAUGCUUUCAUUAUUAUCAACGAAUGGAUACUUUGGAUUGAUACCCGGACUUUUCCCUAACACGCCGUACCAGUUUUCUUAUUUAACGCGAACGGUGGUCGACUUCGUGUUUCUUAGGCAUAGAGAUUGGCAAGAUCUGCUGCAGGGAUACCCCAAAAUCAAGUACGAUCUGUACACAGCCGCAAAGCAGUUGAAGAAGGAUUUACAGAAAACUAUGAUUUAGUAAAUGUUAA